UUUCUACACUUUUUCUCCAUCUUUCUCUCUCCAAAUUUCAGAUUUUUCUUCUCUCUUCCUCUCCUCACCCAAUCCACCAAAAAUCAUUAAUUCUUCAUGAAAUCAUCAUGAAAAUUGUUUAAGAGUGUCCCUUGUAGUGAUUAGUCCAAGAAAUAAGCUUCAAAAUUAAUCUCUCUUCCUUCAAAUCAGCCAUCUACCCAUCCUUCUAGACUUUGGGAAAAUUUCAUUUGCAAGCAAGAGGGAAAGAGUUCAAGAGAGGAAAUUCAUGGUGGUGUUUUGUUUGGUUGCUAGGUUCAAGGUUUGAAGUGGAAUCUCAAGUGGGAAGCUUAUUCUAGUAAGGGUUUUAUUUUAAACAAGUUGAAAUACAGAAAGUUAAAAGCAGAAAAGAUAACCCGAAAUCAGCCGUUUUGCAGAAGCGUGAUUAUGAAGCUGACAGAAGUUAUUUGAGACCUAAAUGGUGUAGAGAAUUCAGGAAAAUGCUAAGGUGAGUUCCUUUAGCUUAGAACCCACCUUUGGGGAUCAAUUAUAAUUAUGUUAGAUUAUUGAGAUAACAUGAAUAAUUAGACCAUUUUUAUGAUUACUUGCCGAUUGUGCAAGCAUGACUAUCAUACCAUAUGAAUGGUACAUUUGAAACAGAAUAGAUAUGAGAUUGUAGAAUGAUUAUUUUUGAAUUAGGUAUUCUUAUUUUUUUAUUCUAAAAUCUCAUUUAUGUUAAUAAAAUAUGUUUAUGCUAGUAUAAAUGUUGGAUGGGAAUUCUAUCAACGCAAUUGAUGUAAAUAAUUAUAGUAAUCAUUUGAAAGAAAAUUGUAAUGUGAAAAAAAAAAUUGAAAUGAGUAACAUGCUCAUAGAAAGAAAAAAAAUUGAGAAAAACUCCGUUUGCUACAACGAAGAGAUAAUGUAGCCUGAGGUACGGCUCAUAGUAACGAAUGUGAAACUCCGUUUGCUACAACGAAGAGAUAAUGUAGCUUAUGAGGUACGGCUCAUAGUAACGAAUGUGAAACUUCGUUUGCUACAACGAAGAGAUAAUGUAGCCUAUGAGGUACGGCUUAUAGUAACGAAUGCGAAAACUCCGUUUGCUACAACGAAGAGAUAAUGUAGCCUAUGAGGUACGACUCAUAGUAACAAAAUGAAAUAGUUACCAUUCGCCACAAUGAAUAGGCAAUAUGAUAUAUACGCACAUAAUGAAAUGUAUAACUAAUGAUAUGAAAUUUUAAGUCAAGAAUUAUUCGGUUAGUAUUUGAAAAACUUGUAUUUUUCAAUUAUGGAACCAUGGAAAAAUUCUAAGGACCCUCCAACAUGAAUACUAACAUAGCAUACACAUAUUAACAUGAAAAUUAUGUUUAGAAUGAAUUAGCUACGAAGUAAUAUUUUAUGGGCAUUUUGCCAAUCAUUGGAAAAUGAGGAAUUUUAGUUACGGAACUCCGGCUCAGUUAGCCCAAACUAGUUGUUAUCAUAAAAGAAUCAGAGACAUACUCAGAUAAGUAUGUCAAAGUAUAAGUUAUACCAGAAUACGAUAUAUUGGAUAAGUAUGUCAAAUUAUUCUUGAACUAUAAUUACAACCUAUAUGCAUAUACUCUUUCCAAAGUGAAUCAUGACCUUUCGUUUCCCUUGCUGACAGAAUUAGUGAAUGUUGCAAGUAUAGUACUUAAUGUCCUCAUCAGAUGAGACUUGAUAUAAGAUCCUAUGGAAGGUGAUUUCGCAAGUCUAAAAUAUUGAUUGAAUCUUCUGUUUUUAUUUGCAUGGAUUUACAAGAAUACGUAUAGCUUGUAGAAUCGACACAAUAUUUGAACUCUCAUAACUGCUUUAUAAUGAGUUUCUGCAUGUUUAUCAUGAGCAUACCAAACACCUAGACAUUGACUCCAACUUAGUGCGUGAGAAGAUUCAGGCUGGAGUCAUGCGUUUGCUCCCCAUCACCUCUCAACACCAGACAACUGAUGUUUUUACCAAAGCAGAAGGACCUAGGCAAUUUCAUGAUUGCAUUGUCAAGCUUGGGAUGGUAGAUAACUACCAACCUCCAGCUUGCGAGGGGUUAUUAGCAUACCAAGAAAAAGAGAAAGAAAUAACAAAAGAAUCCUAGCUUGGCGCGCAAGUUACCUACUAACUAAAUUUGAAUUUACUUGUAAUUUCAUUUGCAUUUCACUUUCAUUUAGUUAGUUAAGGUAGUUAUUGUGAACUGACAUUACCAGACUGUAUAUAAGCACUUAUCAUGAGAAGUCUAUAUUUUACCCAUUUUCCAGAGGUCUGUACUACAAUGCCCCAUCAAAAGCUCCCAUUCUUAACAUUUUAUUUAUUUUUAUUCAAACUUGCAUCUGGCAUAUAAAAAAUCUGGAUCCUUCUACCUUUUUAGUUAUACUUAUGAAACUAUUAACCAUAUAUUUUCGAAUAACUUUCAUUUAUCAAUUAAAAAACCAAAUAAAUAAAGAUAUAAAAUUGACCAAAAAAAUAAAAUAAAGAUAUAAAACAUUUUCGUGAGCAUAACAUUUUCAGCACUAUAAAGUUCCAAGCCAAUAGCUUAGAAAAAUCCUAUGAAAAAAUUGGAAGAGUUCUUAAACUGGCUCAACCAUGCCAACAACUUUCUGUCUAAGAAUUCAUGAAACCUGAGAUGUUAACAUAAUAAGAAGCAAAAAUUGGAAUAUUAGUUAGAAGAAUAAACUUGUGCAUGUAUAAUAUUUCAACCGACAGAAUCAAGCAUUCUGAUUUUUUUUCUUUCUUUUUUAAUUAAUUAAAUGUGAUCCAAAUAUCCUGCAAGAUUCACACGGAUUUAAGGUAAUGAUCAAAUGAUAACCACUCAUCCAACUCUUGCACGUGAAUAUGCAAAAACAAUGUGAAUAUGACAAAACAAUAUUUGUGUGAGUUAACUCACGCAGGUGUUAAUUUCAGCGCGAGUUAACUUACGCAGCAUGAUUUAUGUCACACAUGUGUAAAGAUUAAAUUAAGUUUUUUUUACAUUUGCGUUAGUUAUCUAUUUAUUUUUUAUUUUUGAUCUGAAUCAUUAAAUUUAAUAGGCCCACCAAUUGUUAUUCUAGACUCACUUGUAUAUUAUAUCAUUCAUUACACUUUGAAUAUUGUGUUUGUCCUCACCAAAAGGAAGUUUCAUAGUAAAUAAACUAACACCCAUAAAAUAAUCAUCCAACGUUAGCCCCCGGCAUCUAAUUCUUUGAUACAAUUAUUAUAUUAAUGUGUGAUUGAUUGGUCCACACGUAUAAAGGAAGAAAUUCUAUCAAACUUCACAUUUGUCAAAGUUUGAAUUCUCAUUUUUAUGUUCAGUGAUAGAGGAUUGUUUUUUACACUUGAAAAUGGUAAGGAAGUUCUUUCACACUUGAAAUUUUUAUAUAUAGUCACAUAUUACAGACACCAACAAUAACAUACGCACUCAUCCCUAUUCUAUACUCUCAAAUACUUAUCUUCAACUAAUUUGUUAUCAAUUAUCAUGGCUAUGCAAUCACCAUCCUCUUCCUCUUCAAUUUCCUAUCAAUUCAAAUACCAAGUGUUCCUAAGUUUCAGAGGCAGUGACACUCGGUACGGUUUCACUGGAAAUCUCUACAAGGCUCUUACUGACAAGGGAAUCCACACCUUCAUUGAUGAUCGUGAACUUCAAAGAGGGGACGAAAUCAAACCAUCACUUGACAAUGCUAUCGAAGAGUCUAGGAUUUUUAUUCCUGUGUUUUCUCCCAACUAUGCAUAUUCUUCAUUUUGUUUGGAUGAACUUGUCCACAUCAUUCACUGCUACAAAACAAAGGGUCGUCUCGUUUUGCCCGUCUUCUAUGGCGUGGAUCCUACUCACAUACGGCAUCAAACUGGGAGUUAUGGCGAAGCACUUGCUAAGCAUGCAAAGAGGUUCCAUAAUAAUAAUACAUAUAAUAUGGAGAGGUUGCAAAAAUGGAAGAUAGCUCUUGCACAAGCAGCUAACUUGUCUGGAGACCAUCGUCAUCCUGGAUAUGAAUACAAGCUUACUAGGAAGAUAACUCUUGACCAGACACCGGACUCGUCAAGCGACCAUUGUAGUCAAGGAUAUGAAUAUGAUUUUAUUGAAAAGAUAGUCAAAUACAUCUCCAACAAGAUCAAUCGUGUGCCCUUACAUGUUGCUAAAUACCCUGUUGGAUUACAGUCUCAACUACAACAAGUGAAAUCACUUCUUGAUAAUGGAUCUGAUGAUGGGGUCCAUAUGGUUGGAAUGUAUGGGAUUGGAGGCUUGGGCAAAUCAACACUUGCAAGAGCAAUCUAUAACUUUGUUGCUGAUCAAUUUGAAGGUUUAUGUUUUCUUCAUGAUGUGAGAGAGAAUUCAGCUCAAAAUAACUUGAAACAUCUCCAAGAGAAGCUCCUUUUUAAAACAACUGGAUUGGAAAUUAAGUUGGACCAUGUUAGUGAGGGAAUUUCAAUCAUUAAGGAAAGGCUAUGUAGAAAGAAGAUUCUUUUGAUUCUCGAUGAUGUAGACAGUAUAAGGCAACUGGAUGCUUUGGCUGGAGGGCUUGAUUGGUUCGGACGUGGAAGCAGGGUCAUAAUUACCACUCGAAACAAACACCUACUAAGCACUCAUGGGAUAAAAAGCACACAUGCAGUAGAAGGGUUGUAUGGGACAGACGGUCAUGAAUUGUUGAGGUGGAUGGCUUUUAAAAGUGACAAAGUUCCUUCAGGUUAUGAAGACAUUUUAAACCGUGCAGUUGCAUAUGCUUCUGGCCUUCCGUUAGUUUUAGAAAUUGUGGGUUCCAACUUGUUUGGAAAGAGCAUAGAAGAAUGGAAGUAUACAUUAGAUGGGUAUGACAGGAUUCCCAAUAAAGAGAUCCAAAAGAUACUUAAAGUGAGCUAUGAUGCUUUGGAAGAAGAGGAGCAGAGUGUCUUUCUAGAUAUUGCUUGUUGCUCGAAAGGAUGUGGAUGGAGGGAGUUCGAAGAUAUGCUUCGUGCUCAUUAUGGCCAUUGCAUAACACAUCAUCUAGGAGUGUUGGUUGACAAAUGUCUCAUAUAUCAAUCUUAUGGUGAUAUGACCUUACAUGACUUGAUAGAGGACAUGGGUAAAGCAAUCGUCCGACAAGAAUCACCUAAAGAGCCUGGAGAACGAAGUAGAUUAUGGUGUCAAGAUGAUAUAUUUCAUGUUUUAAAAGAAAACAGUGGAACUAGUAAAAUUGAAAUGAUAUAUAUGAAUUUUCCCUCUAUGGAAUCCGUAAUAGACCAGAAAGGAAAGGCCUUCAGGAAGAUGACAAAACUCAAAACACUUAUCAUUGAAGAUGGUCGGUUUUCUAAAGGUCUCAAGUAUCUUCCAAGCAGUUUGAGAGUAUUGAAAUGGAAAGGAUGUUUAUCGGAGUCUCUAUCAGCUAGUUUUUUGAACAAGAAGUUCCAGAAUAUGAAAGUAUUAACAUUGGACGAAUGUGAACAUUUAACACAUAUACCCGAUAUCUCAGGCCUUUCAAAUUUACAAAAGUUGACAUUUAAUUUUUGUAAAAAUUUAAUUACAAUUGAUGACUCAAUUGGGCACCUAAAUAAACUUGAACUAGUAAGUGCAUCCUGUUGCAAAAAGCUCGAGAACUUUCCACCCUUAUGGUUGGUAUCUCUUAAGAAUUUGGAACUCUCUCUCCACCCUUGUGUUUCGGGAAUGCUGAGGUUCCCAAAACAUAAUGAUAAAAUGUAUUCAAAUGUGACAGAGCUUUGUCUCAGGGAAUGCAACCUCUCAGAUGAAUAUCUCCCAAUAAUUCUCAAGUGGUUUGUUAAUGUGAAACAUCUAGACUUAUCGGAGAACGUCGGUAUCAAAAUUCUUCCUGAAUGCCUUAAUGAAUGUCACCUUCUUAGGAUCCUUAAUUUAGAUGGCUGCGAGUCUCUUGAGGAAAUUAGAGGGAUUCCACCAAAUCUAAAUUACUUGUCUGCAACGGAAUGCUUAUCAUUGAGUUCCUCAACUAGAAGAAUGUUAUUAAGUCAGAAAGUACAUGAGGCUGGAUGCACCAAUAUUCGUUUCCAUAACGCCAAAGAGGGGAUUCCAGAUUGGUUCGAGCAUCAAAUCAGGGGACACAACACAAUUUCUUUCUGGUUUCGUAAAAAGAUCCCUUCUAUUACUUCUUUUCUUUAUUUUAAAGGAGAAGAUAUGAUUGCAGGUGUCCAUUUGUUUGUCAAUGGAUAUGAAUGUCCUUUAGAAUCAUGUGAAUAUUUAUUGUGUGGAUCUUACUCGUUUGCGGGCUUGUACACAAAACAUGCAUAUUUGUUUGAUCUGAAAUUGGAAGAAAAGAUUAAAUGCUGUGGGAUUAAAUUUGAGUCUGAAAUGGACAAAACACUUUUAAAAAAUGAAUGGAUCCAUGUGGAGCUUAGGUAUAGAAUUAUUUACGAUAAGAUUAAAAUAUUAAGGAGUGCACAAAUGGGAAUCCAUGUGUUGAAGGAGAAAAGCAACACAGAUGAGGAUGUCAUAUUCACCAAUCCUUAUCGUCACUUCGACAACAAAUGGAUUGAUGGAAAUGGGGCUUUCAGAGAUUAUAGCAAUACUUCAUUAUCACAGUUUGAGCCUCCUCUGAAAAAGCAAAGAUUGGUGGAAAUGGGAGUUUCAGAGACAGAAAGUUUGCAGCAGCAGCAACAUCUAGCUUUACUGUCACAGCAACAACAAAUGGCUUUAUUACCACAGCAACAACGUAUAACUGUUUUGUCAGGCAUGUGGAAUUUGGUGCUGAAUGAAACAAAAGAAAAGGAACAACAUGACUGGAUUCCUUAGUCAAGAAAGGAGAAGCCAUAUCUAUCAACUUGUUGUUUAACUAUUACAUAAGGGUGCUUCAGAGACAUCAGAAGCAAUCGGGUCUAAUGAAAGGUUGGCCACUUUCACACAACAUCUAAUAAAUAGUGCCGAAUCCAAGAUGAAUGGUGUUACAAGUAAGAUCCUUAUACUUCGAAAGCAUAAAUGCUUUUAAUCAUAAUCUUUAUGAAAGAUCAUUUGAAAAAGACCGUUAAUGUAAAUGAGUAGCUUUUGUCCGACAGGUAGGGAGAUACAAACUUCAUCUUAUAGUAUAAAAUGAGGAAGUGAUGUUUUUAACAUCUUCCUUCAAUCUCCCUAUCCCCUUUUUUAAAUAACAUUCUCUCUCGCAGAGUUGAACAUGAAGAAUCCAUUCCCGAUGAUUUCAGCCUGUCGUCGGUAAUUUACGCAACUUUUCUCUAACCAAAACUAAGUAUUUUUUUGUUCUUUGACUGUACAUUGUCAGGAAACCACAUUUAGUCAUCUGGCUCUCUGCAUUGUCAUGCAAGAUGUCUAGAGGUUGCUUGCACAACAAAAUCCGUUGGCUGUUCGAAUGGGAAGUGAGUAAUGAUAUGCAUUACAUCUCAGUUGGAGUGCUUUGAGAAUUUCAAUCUUAUGUUAUGGUACUCAUGCGUUUAGCUAUAUAUAGCUUUGUAACCAUUGAUCAACUAAGCAAUAAUAAUACAUUUUUCUAGUUUGAUAAUAUGGUAUCAGAUUUUCCCUCAAGGGAAAGUUUGUUACGGUCCUUGUAACCGUUUUCCGUUGUGCCUUGUAAAUGAAGCUUUGUUGAAUCUUCA